UCAGUCAUACAUUCAACACACACACAAAAAAAAAAAUGGCAAGUUAUGGUAGUGCAAAGGCCAUCAGCCACUUCUUCAAAUUCUCCAUCACAAACUCAGCCUGAUGAAUCAAAACAAAACCCGAAUUUCGAAAAAAAUCAACCAUUUUCCUUCCAAAUUAUAUGUCCAUUUAGCAUCCCUGUCACCCCUGAAUCAGCAGCAACGCGAAUAAUUAAAAACUUAGGUAAAAUCGGGCCAUAUUAUGCUGAAUUCGUGUGGAUAGUCCUUUUCAUCGCGCUUAUUCCUGAACGUAAGGUUUCAUUAGUCUUUUUAGUUGCCAUUAAGGAGGUGGCAAUUUUGUACUUGUUAUUGCUUCGUGCAGUGGCCAAUUCUGUCCUGUUUCGUUGGCUUUUCGUGUUCGAUACAAGGCUUAUUGUUCUGCCACUACUGGCAAUUGGGACAUGUCUUGCUCUUAUAUUCACUUAUGCUGGACUUCAUCUGUUAAUCACUUUGGCUGCCACUUUGCCAAUUGUUUUGGCUCAUGCAGUUCUGUGGAUAGCAGAUGAUUGUUCUUUGAAUGAGAAAAUCAAUCAAGAAUCUGUACCCCUUGUUCACACUGUGUAAAAUUAGGCUAAUUUUGUUGCAAUAAGGUCAAGGAUGGUGAGUUUGUGAAUCUUUUUCCUGUGUUAUACAGGGGAGAAUUUGCUGUCACCUGAUUAUUAUUAUUUUUUAUUUUGUGUGGUCAUUUUAGAAGUUGUAUUUCUGUUUAGUUUAGUUUAUGUGCCAAAAGUUGUAUGUUUUGUUAAAGAAUGUACUAAUAAAAAUUACAGUUUAAAGGGUCAGUCAAGUGGGGAAUGUUCAAAAGAAAAUAUUAGGCCUUUUUGUUUGUAUAA